GCUGGGAAUACAGGCGUGAGCCACCAUGCCUGGCCUAAUUUUUGUAUUUUUAGUAGAGACAGGGUUUCACCAUGUUGGCCAGGCUGGUCUGGAACUCCUGACCUCAAGUUAUCUGCCCACUUCGGCCUCCCAAAGUGCUAGGAUUACAGGCAUGAGCCACUGCGCCCAACCUCCUGGAGUAUUCUACACCCCACUUCCACAAAGAUAUACAGUUCUCCGGACAGACUCCCACUUACUACCCAAGUCUUGGAUCUGCCAUUUUCUCACAGAGGCCUUUGGAGAUGCCCAUCAAACCAGAGGCCCGCCCUCUGUCUCACUCCAUGUUGUACUUUUCCUUCAAACUGCUUAACGCCACGCACAUCCGGCCGCCUGUGAUGGCAAAUGCCUACCAUCCAGAGCGUCUCUCUCCAGCUCUUGCAUAAGCUGGCCGAGUCCAAGGCCUGCGUCUGGCCCACAGCUAGCGUGCAGUCCAUAGUAACUGAGUGGAAGCCCCAGCCAGGCAGUGGGGUGUUGAAGCCCCACCCGCCGCCACUGAGGGAGCUGCGGUUGUUCUGGAAAAGAGAAGCUUCAGGGAUCCACUGGCCUUCACAGCCCUGUGGGGAAGAUGGGCACAGGCCCUGCGUCUUCCCAGGUGACCACGCCGGCUUCAGGACAUGCACGGACACAGCCGCAACGGCCAGGCCCACGUGCCCCGGCGGAAACGCCGCAACCGCUUCGUCAAGAAGAACGGCCAAUGCAACGUGUACUUCGCCAACCUGAGCAACAAGUCGCAGCGCUACAUGGCGGACAUCUUCACCACCUGCGUGGACACGCGCUGGCGCUACAUGCUCAUGAUCUUCUCCGCGGCCUUCCUUGUCUCCUGGCUCUUUUUCGGCCUCCUCUUCUGGUGUAUCGCCUUCUUCCACGGUGACCUGGAGGCCAGCCCAGGGGUGCCUGCGGCGGGGGGCCCGGCGGCGGGUGGUGGCGGAGCAGCCCCAGUGGCCCCCAAGCCCUGCAUCAUGCACGUGAACGGCUUCCUGGGUGCCUUCCUGUUCUCGGUGGAGACGCAGACGACCAUCGGCUACGGGUUCCGGUGCGUGACAGAGGAGUGCCCGCUGGCAGUCAUCGCUGUGGUGGUCCAGUCCAUCGUGGGCUGCGUCAUCGACUCCUUCAUGAUUGGCACCAUCAUGGCCAAGAUGGCACGGCCCAAGAAGCGGGCGCAGACGUUGCUGUUCAGCCACCACGCGGUCAUUUCGGUGCGCGACGGCAAGCUCUGCCUCAUGUGGCGCGUGGGCAACCUGCGCAAGAGCCACAUUGUGGAGGCCCACGUGCGGGCCCAGCUCAUCAAGCCCUACAUGACCCAGGAGGGCGAGUACCUGCCCCUGGACCAGCGGGACCUCAACGUGGGCUAUGACAUCGGCCUGGACCGCAUCUUCCUGGUGUCGCCCAUCAUCAUUGUCCACGAGAUCGACGAGGACAGCCCGCUUUAUGGCAUGGGCAAGGAGGAGCUGGAGUCGGAGGACUUUGAGAUCGUGGUCAUCCUGGAGGGCAUGGUGGAGGCCACGGCCAUGACCACCCAGGCCCGCAGCUCCUACCUGGCCAGUGAGAUCCUGUGGGGCCACCGCUUUGAGCCUGUGGUCUUCGAGGAGAAGAGCCACUACAAGGUGGACUACUCGCGUUUUCACAAGACCUACGAGGUGGCCGGCACGCCCUGCUGCUCGGCCCGGGAGCUGCAGGAGAGUAAGAUCACCGUGCUGCCCGCCCCGCCGCCCCCUCCCAGUGCCUUCUGCUACGAGAACGAGCUGGCCCUUAUGAGCCAGGAGGAAGAGGAGAUGGAGGAGGAGGCAGCUGCGGCGGCCGCGGUGGCCGCAGGCCUGGGCCUGGAGGCGGGUUCCAAGGAGGAGGCGGGCAUCAUCCGGAUGCUGGAGUUCGGCAGCCACCUGGACCUGGAGCGCAUGCAGGCUUCCCUCCCGCUGGACAACAUCUCCUACCGCAGGGAGUCUGCCAUCUGACCUCCAGGCCCGGCCCUCACCACUGCCCACAAGAGCCUCUGCCGGGGGUGGGAUGCCAGGACACCCCCUCCCACACUCAGGACAGAGCCAACCCUGGCUCCGUGGACCUUCUGGAGGAAGGUGGGGGUUUCAAAGACUGGGGGACCCCUUCCUCCUGACUCCAGCACCCAGGCCUGGGAAGAGCUCGGCCCUGAUCAGCCUGAGUUCCGCCAGCGCCUACUUCUGGUGGCUCUGGGUCCCCAGAUCCACCACCCUUCCCCCACUGACUCUUCAAGGACGUGCCCUCUUUGCUCUCAGAACCUUGGGGAAGGUGGCUGGACUGCUGGGCGGGGGACAUCUCGGGGUUUCAGGGUGGGCAGGGGGUAAGUUUGGGGAGGGGGGGUGCGUUUCUUUUGCAUGACUGUGGCCUGUUGCUCAUGACUUUCUUUUGUAAAUAUCUAUAAAUGGAGACAGAUGGAGACACCAAA